AUGAAAGUCAACCAUGAGGUAUUUACCCAAAAAUUACUGAAGACUCUGUUAGUUGAGAAUCCCAAAGAGAAUAUCAUCUUCUCCCCCAUGAGCAUCUCCACCUCCUUGGCCAUGAUCUCCGAGGGGGCCAGAUCCUGGACACUCGUCAACCUGCUGCACGUGCUAGGCUUUGACUUCAAGGAGCAUGAAGUGAGGGACGUGCACCACUUCUUCCUGGUCUUCGUCCAGAGGCUGCAGCAGCUGGAAAGGGAGGAUAUUCUGAGGCACAAGGACUUUCUCUUUAUCAACCACCACAGGAGGGUUAACCAGAGGUUCCUGGAGGAGAUUCAGAAGAUCUAUGAUGUGCAAGUAAAGAUGAUAGACUUUAGAGAUAAAGAAAGAGCCAGGAAGGAAAUGGACCAUGCUGUGGUUCAAAAAGUCCUGGACAGAUGCUAUGAGCUGAUUACCAUGCUGGAUCCUCAGACAUUCCUGUUGCUAAUAAACUACAUUUCCAUCAGAGGCAUUUGGCAAGUAGCUUUUGACACCAAACUCACUCACGAGGAGACCUUCUUCGUGGACAAGCACAAAAAAGUGCAGGUGGACAUGAUGAGGAAGACAGAACGAAUGAUGUACAGCCGAUGGGAUGAUCUGCACGCCACGAUGGUUGAACUGCCUUACACCCAGGACCUGUCCAUAGUGCUUGUGCUCCCAGAUGAAGGGCAUUUCCACUCUGUCCUAAGAAGGAUGGAUUUUAGAAGAGACAGGACUUAUUAUGCCAAGGACAUGAGGCACUGCUAG